GUAAAAUACAGCGCUCAGUUCAGCUUAUUGAAGUCACCACUUGGCCUCGAGGACGCUUGAAGAUCUUUAAAUAAUGAGCAAACAACAGUAAUAAUAAAUAAUACAAACAGUAAUAAUUAAACAUGAGCGCGUUAAUCUCCUCCCAUAAAGCUGAGAUCAUCACUGCAGCGUCUGUGACGUUUGGAGCUGCAGCAGUGGGAAUCCUCAUCUACCAAACAUUUUUCAACAAAAGCAAAUGUGUGAAACCUAAAGUGAACCUUGAUCUGCAAAAAGACAACCCCAAAGUGGUGCAUGCGUUUGACAUUGAGGACCUGGGCGACAAAGCCGUGUACUGUCGGUGCUGGAGAUCCAAAAAGUUUCCAUACUGUGAUGGCGCACAUGCGAAACACAAUCAGGAAACGGGAGACAACGUUGGUCCUCUGAUCAUAAAACGCAAGGAGGCCUGAGCUAUUCCACUGUUCAUCAAAGUCCAUUCUCCGCGAUAGAGAUUAUGUGUCUUCGCUUUACGUGUGUGGUCGGGGCUGCUGGGAUUAAAAGAGUGAUUAUAUUAUCCCGUGUUUGUGUGUUUAAUCAUAUAGUGUAUGUUUGACAGGUUCCAGUGAUCUGCUUUCUGGGGUUGUUGUUUAGCAAUACAUAAUAUUUUCAUAUCUAUUUUCUCUUUUUAUCUGCUUAGACUUUAUGGGACGACUGAUGUACAGAUUUCUGGCUUAGCCAAAAUCUCCUAAACAUGUUUAUGUGCUUGAACAAUGGUCACGUUACUGUAGAUGCACUACAGAUUAAAACUUGAAUUAAAACACAUUAGUCUGAGUUUGAACUGAAUCUUUGUUUGUUAUGAAUGUGAUUCAUAUGAAUGUGAAAUGUGUAUGGAAACCAAAUGGCCACCUUCUCAUUUGCUUUUUGUGUGUGUUGCCUGUUAAACUUCACAUGAUGUGACCUUAACUGUUCACUGAUAUUUAAUGUAUUUAAAGAGACACUUCCAUCUAAUCUCUCUAUUUUUGAAUCAGAUGUCGUUGAAUCUGAUAGGUACUGUAUGUCAUUUAACAUCUAAUUUGGUAGGCUAUAUUUGCCUCUGCUUUUGGAAAGGCUAAAUAUAUUUCUAUAGCAGAAGAGAAAAUGUUAUAUGAAGCAAAAUCAUGUUUUGAUGAACGUAUUCUGUGAAAUUGUAUCUCUCUCUCUCUCUCUCUCUCAGAAAUGUACACUUCACAAGUUUGAUGUUUAAUAAACAAUGUCAAACUGA